AUGAGUUACUUUCUUAUGCACAGCAAGUCUCACAGCGAUGGUCUGCUCGCUCGGUACCAGAGGUUGCGGCAAGAAGGUCAAAUGUGUGACAUAAUUCUGGAAACUGAAGGCAAACAGUUCCCAGCUCAUCGCAACUUGUUAGCUUGCUCCAGUGACUACUUUUGGUCACUAUUCCAGGAUCACACUUUGGAGUCCAAAGCUCGGACUGUCAGUCUACCAGCUGUGUCCUCAACUGGCCUGGAACUGGUCCUGGACUUCAUCUACACGUCGUGGAUCUCACUGUCUCCUGCCACUUUAGAAGACACACUGGAAGCUUCCUGCUACCUGCAGGUUACACAAGCUUUGGAUCUUUGCACUGAGUACAUCUCAAACAGCCUCACUCUGGAUAACUGCUGCUUUUUUGCCAAUGUGGCCAUCCGUUACAGCCUCUCUGAUGCACUUUCUGUCACCAGUAGCUUUAUUGCGAGACACAUGGCAGGACUCCUGGGUGCCGAUGGUGACAGAUCUGGGCUGCUGGAGCUAAACCUUGACUCUUUUCGAGAGGUGUUGGGGUCAGAUGAGAUAUCAGGGGUAAAGGAAAGAGCACUGCUACAGCUAGCUCUGGACUGGUUGUCUUGCAACCCUUUACCUGCCUUGGAAAGUAACUCUUUACUCAGUCGUGUUCGAUUUGGCCUGGUGCGUCCAGAAGAUCUGACCCAUCUGAGUUCUCUCAACCCACCCCUACGCACUCCUUUCAUUCACAGCUUAGUGAAGAAAGCCCUGCAUUACCACUUGCAGGUUCCUCUCCAGCCACUAAUGCAGACCGUCCAUACAAGCUUGAGAGCCACAACCAACAUGGUACUCCUGGUGGGAGGAGGUGCUGAAACAGACCGACCGCAGACCCAAAUCGAGAGCUAUGAUCAAGAAAACAGGAAGUUCCAUGUGGUGCCCAUUAAAAUGCUGAACAAGCUCCAGUAUCAAGGAGUUUGUGUGGUGGGGAACUUCCUCUUUGUGCUUGGAGGAGAGGUUGUAGAGGUGGACGGGGAGAGUGAGAAGACAGCAGUGAUGAGAGUGUCUGACCAGGUGUGGCGUUAUGACCCUCGGUUUGAAAGCUGGGAGGAGAUGGAGCCACUCUUACAAAAAAGGGCACAGUUCUCCUGCUGCGUGGUGGAGGGUGUGAUCUAUGCCAUAGGAGGACGAGGCCAGAAAGGAGAGCCAACCCUGUCUUCAGUGGAGAGGUACAACAUGAGUGCAGGGUGCUGGCGUAGUGGUGUGUCCCUGCCCCACACUGUCCAUGGUCAUGCUUGUGCCACAAUUGGCAGAGGUAUCUACAUCUCUGGUGGUAUCCACGGCAGCCAGCCUGAGAGUAGCAAGGAAGUGUUGUUUCUCAACACCUUCGAUGAUAAUGUCUGGGAGAGACGCUCUCCUAUGUCUAUUGCCAGAUUUGGUCAUCAGAUGGCAGCUAUUAAGGAGAGACUCUAUGCCUUCUUAGGGAUGUAUGAACCGUUUUGUGACAUUGAGUGCUACAAUCCUGAACAGAAUCAAUGGACACGACUGAAACCUCUCCUGCAAGACCGCUUUUGCUAUGGUUUGACAGUCACACCAAGCGGAUGUGCAUUGAUGUUUGGAGGUAGAAAGUGGCGAGACGGACAGGAAGUGUGUGUCCGUGAUGUGCUGGAGUACGACCCAGAAUUCGACAGCUGGAGGAAAGUGUGUAAGCUGCCGCAUCCAUUAUGUGGGACUCAAUGUGUUCAGAUGAGUCUCCAAAAGCUUCUAGAGAAAUAGGAACCUCCCAUAACCCCCCAGUUUCCAUAUACACACAGAGAACUCUGAGAGUUUCCACAGUCUGAGUAGAAAAGCUGAAGAUCGAUCAGUCCAGGCAAACUUGGUAGACUUGUGGAGGGUAAAUGAUCUAUGCAGGCAGAAUGGAUUCUGACCUUCAGGAUGAUGAAUCAGAAGAAUCUUGGCACUGGAGGCAAUGUGCUGAAAAGCCUGAGCGCAAUGGGAGGUCAUACUG